AUGGUUGACUCUACCUCCGACGAAAAUUUCUAUGAUUCUGUUUUCUGUUGGGUUCGUCACCUCGAGAUGGCAGAGAAGGAAAUAAAUGCGCAUUUGAAUCAUAAUGCUACUGACGAUAGUAAACUACAUACCGACAGCAACCAGUGCUUGGUGCUACUUCAAAGAAGUCUUGAUCCUGUUUGGGUGCUUAUUGCCAACUGCCUUCUUGAGCAGGGCCUGUUCUUCGAAGUACAGGUGAGUACUUCGUUGGUACUUAUUUCAUUAAAUUUAGGUUUCCUCCAUUUUCGUACAAUUUUCGAGUGCUUUUAUUAUUUUGAGAACUAG